AUGGAGACAAAAGACAUGAUGAUGACGAGCAUGCUGACAAUGGACAAAGGGGAGAAUGGGGGAGAGAGGGACAAAGGUAGGGAGGAGGAGGAGGAAGCACAGCGGGAAAAUGGUCGACUGGUGCUGGCGGAUGGCAUCGCCGACAGAGGACCCAAAAACGUGACCUUGGGCUCCAGCCAGCAGGUGUCCAACGGCUUUACAACAUCCACCCCGCAGAGCCCCAGGGAGGGACCUGGAACCGCUGUGGGGGCAGCAUCCGGGCCCCCAGGAGGGACCGGGUCUACAGUGCCACUGGGGGGGCUAAGAACUCUGGUGGUUCAGCAAACCAGCUUGGAGCAUCCCAGAGAGACAUGGAGCAAGAAGAUGGACUUCCUGUUGUCUGUGAUCGGCUACGCUGUGGACCUGGGAAACGUCUGGCGCUUCCCGUACAUCUGCUACCAAAACGGAGGAGGUGCCUUUUUGCUGCCUUACCUGUUGAUGGCGGUGUUCGGAGGUGUGCCCCUGUUCUACAUGGAGCUGGCCCUGGGCCAGUUCCACCGCAGCGGCUGCAUCUCCAUCUGGAAACACAUCUGCCCCAUCUUCAAAGGAAUAGGAUUUGCCAUCUGCAUCAUUGCCCUCUACAUCGCCUUCUACUACAACACCAUCAUGGCCUGGGCUCUCUACUACCUGCUCUCGUCGUUUCGGCCCACCUUGCCCUGGACCACCUGCAGCAACAGCUGGAACACGGCCAACUGUAACCGCUACAUGUCCUCCGACCACAACGUGUCUUGGUCCAACUCGUCCACGUCGCCAGCCGAGGAGUUCUAUACUCGGCAGGUGCUACAGGUCCACCUCUCCCCGGGUCUGCACCAGCUGGGCUCUGUCAGUUGGCAACUGGCCCUCUGUUUGCUCUUCAUCUUCACCAUAGUCUACUUCAGCAUCUGGAAGGGAGUCAAGACGUCUGGAAAGGUAGUAUGGGUGACAGCUACGUUUCCCUAUCUGGUCCUCCUGAUACUGCUCGUCCGUGGGGCCACUCUGCCAGGGGCCUGGAGGGGCGUUGUCUUCUAUCUCAAACCUGACUGGGAGAAGCUGCUCAGCACCACAGUGUGGAUCGACGCAGCAGCUCAAAUCUUCUUCUCGUUGGGUCCGGGCUUCGGCGUGCUGCUUGCCUUCGCCAGCUACAACCCAUUUCACAACAACUGCUACAAAGAUGCGUUGGUCACCAGCUCAGUGAACUGUCUGACCAGCUUCCUGUCGGGCUUCGUCAUCUUCACCGUGCUGGGUUAUAUGGCUGAGAUGAGGCACCAAAGUGUGGAUGCUGUGGCCAAGGAUGCAGGCCCCAGUCUGUUGUUCAUCAUUUAUGCAGAAGCCAUAGCAAACAUGCCUGCCGCCACGUUCUUUGCCAUCAUCUUUUUCCUAAUGAUCAUAAUGUUGGGUCUGGAUAGCACGUUUGCAGGCUUGGAGGGGGUGAUCACAGCCAUGCUGGAUGAGUUCCCUCAUAUCCUGGUUAAGAGGCGAGAGUGGUUUGUCUUUGGCCUUGUGUGUGUCUGCUACCUCGGGGCUCUGUCUACCCUCACCUAUGGUGGAGCGUUUGUUGUGAAGCUAUUUGAGGAGUACGCUACGGGCCCUGCGGUCAUCACUGUGGUGCUGCUAGAAGUCAUCGCCGUUUCAUGGUUCUACGGUACCAACCGCUUCUGUAAUGACGUCCAGGUCAUGCUCGGUUUCUACCCAGGUUGCUUCUGGAGGGUCUGCUGGGUGGCCAUCUGCCCUUGCUUUCUUCUGUUCAUCAUCAUUAGUUUCCUGGCUUUCCCUCCGGAGGUCAAGCUGUUCAACUACCACUACCCGUUGUGGACCACCGUCCUGGGCUACUGCAUCGGCGUGUCGUCGUUCAUCUGCGUGCCUGCUUACAUGGUCUACCACUUGCUUAAUGCAAAGGGCACAUUCAAGCAGCGUCUGUUGAAAAGCAUCACUCCUGAGCCCAGCAGUGAAAACCACAGAGACUACAUUGUGACCAAUGCAAUCUGACCAAACCCUGACCACAGGAAGGGCCCCGUCUAACUCCCUGGGACGCCCUCUCCUGGACACACUGAGAAUCCACAGGACAAGGGGGCUAAUUUUUACCGUCUUUGGCUCAUCACC